AUGGACGCCCCCGCAUCGAGCGCCGACGCGCCGCUUAUCCCAGCGCAACUCCCGUCUUCUGCGCCUCCAGUGGGGGGUACGGAGGCGGGCGCGGGCAACGGCGGCGGCAGUCUGGCUACUAGCGGCGAGGCCCAUGUGCCGACCAAGGCCAGCGACCCUGCGCGCAAGGUCGACGAGGCCGAUGCGACCAUGGAGGUCGACGAGCAGGUGGGUACCGGUGAGGACGACGACGCCGACGAGGAGGAAGAGGAGGAGGAGAGCGCAGCGUCUUCUGCGAAGAGCUCGUCUCUGCACACCAACGGCCAGCCUGUCGGAGAGGACGAGGCCAUGGAAGAAGCUCCCAUCCGGGAUCCUCUGCGCGAGCGCACGCCAAGCGUCACGGCUGCGGUGUCCAGCCUGCUGUCGUUCGAUGAAGUGAUCGACUUCAAGGCGUCUGGCAUCCUCUCGUCAACCCAUCCGGGAUCUCAAGAAGAUGCCAACAUCCUGCCUUCACGCCACGUUCUCCCGCCCAAGCGGCCUGGUGACGGCAACUCCUACCUGGUGGGCGUUCCUGCACACCCAUUAGCGUAUCAGUCGGAGGGCUACAUCCAGGAGGGGUAUGGCGGCACGGAAGCGUUAGCAAUCUUCGACGGGUUCUCAGCCCAGGACCUCCACGACUUGGGUAACCUGGUUGGCAACCAGACGGAGCUGCGUAAUAACUUGCUGCGCCCGCAUGCCAACCGGGAGUCUCCCAGGCUGCCGCAGCUCGAGACCACUUUAAACUCGUUGCUGAGGCGCCGGGAGUCCGCCUCUGUGCUGGCCCAGUUCCCAGCCGGGCGCUUCGCGGAAAAGUUGUUCUUCACGACGUCUCUGCUUCAUCGCAUCCUCGACCGGGCACGGCGUGGCGACAUCCCCAUUCAAGGGCCGGUUGAGGCAUCUCCCGGCGGGGGCGCCACCCUGCAACAGCGUUACGAUAGGCUUGUCGACGAGCACCGGUUCCUGCAGAUGUAUCACCAGCGGGAGGUGGCUGCACUCCGGGCGGAGAAGCUGGAGCUCCAAGCCCAGGUGGAGAAGGACUUCGCCUUGGCAGCGCAAAGCCAUCUGGAUGAGGAAAACGCGCUGCGCAACAAGAUUACCGAGGCUGAGGCCAAGCUCGAGCGUGCGAUCUUGGCCAUCCAGUGGGGCUACCACUCGCGGUCGAUGGCCCAGGCUGGUACGCCUGCUGCGGCACUUCCAACGGGGUCCACACCUCCUGCGCACUGGGUCACCAACAUCGCCGUCGAGACCGCUGAUCGUCCGUCCAGGAUGAUCCCACCCUAUCCAGGCCCAGUCAACCCGGACGGCGAGGACGAUGACGAUAACUACCAGGCGGGUGACGGCAACAGCGGCCAGGACGGCGAUCAUGAGGAGAAGUCGGAGGACAAUCCACCCCAGCCACUCCGUUCGGACUUCCCGUCUGCAGAUGGAUCUCCGUCCAAACCCAAGCGGCGUACGUCCAAGGGGUCUCGUUCGGGGUCGUGCCCACGUGGCAUGGCCGAGCUUUCCAGCAAGGGUGGGCCAGUGUACGUCCAAAUGCGACCGACGGUCCACCCGGGGUCUGAUGUGCUCCCUCGGUCGCCCCAGACGGACUUCAAGCGUCUGAUUUUUGACUGCGCUGCGUCCCUGCCGGAGUUCGUCCCUUGGUCGGAUGUCCGGCUGGAUGUCCAGUUCGUAAUGCGGAUGGACCAUGGGUACGAGGAGGCCUUGGAUAUCCUCCGUCAGGAUCGUCCGGCCCACCAGUAUUUCCCUAAGCCUUGGCUGCUGGCGAAGCUGGUCAAGAUGAUGUACCAUGGCACCCUGGACGACACUCCCUGGACACGGUACGUCCCCGAGACCUUCUACAAGAUGGCUGAGGUCAUGCUCCAGGGACGUCUCCGGUCGGAUGCUGCCGCCGAGAUGGAGAUCGUCGAGGUCGAUGACUCCAGUGAGAGCAGUGGUUCCAGCGACUCCGACUACGAAGACAAGGCCAAGACAUCUACGUCCAGGAAGGGCGCAGAUGGGUCGUCCAAGGCGGAGUCUAUCGAGGACAGCAGCUCAUCUGACAGCGACACUGAUGAGGAGCAGCCAGCCAAGCCCAAGCGCAAUCCCAAGCGGAACCGCGUCGAGUCAUCUUCGGACAGCUCGUCCGAGGGUGAACCCCAGUCGUCUUCUUCGUCGCAGCGACAAGCCCGACCGGCCAUCAUCCAAGAAAAACCCCAAGAAGCGCAGCCGGACGUCGAAGUCCAACCGGGAGGGUGCCUGGCACAGAAGUCCUACGAGGACCUGAACAGCAGGGAAUUGGCGAUCAUCGAGACCCCAUCUGGGGACAUUGUCUCGUGGCGUCGUCGUUGUGUCGGCACUCGUUUCUCUCCGAAGAAAGGUGGCAUCGAGGGCCAGGCGCCUGGGUUUCCUAAUUACGCACCUCAGCAGCCUGAGACCAAGUACCUGGCCAGGCGUUGGCCUUCAGUCGAAGAUGAGUAUGCGGCCCUGGUCGAGAAGGAACCCUGGCUGGAGAUGUUUAACAACCGGGUCAAGGUCCUGUACUUCCACCGCCGUGAUCAGCAAUCUCCAGCUGUGAUCCGCAUUCUGGACCAGCAUGUGGAGUACAUGAAGGAUCGCCUCCCGGCCUUCUGGCACAUUCUACAUUGGUUCGUGAUGAAGACCAAGCCGGAGGACGACGAGAAGUGCGACGACCUCACGAUCUACGAACGGGCUCAAGACCUUCACCGCAAGCGCCAGGGGUUCCACGACGGGGUUGCGCGCACCUUCGAGGCCCGCAUCAAGCGUCUGAUCAAGGCCGGCAUGCCGAAGACGAUGAUCUGCUACCUGUACUUGGUCGACGAAUCAACCAAGAAGGACGAUGGUACGCGUUACACCCUGGCUGGCCAGAUCGCGAUGGCCGAACUCGAAGACCCCGACCGGACUCAGUGGACUACCUGUACGGAUGACGAGCGUCUGGCGCACGUCCCAGCCAAGAUCGUCAACAAGAUGCUGCUCCCAGAGCACGAGCGCGUCGACAACUGGGUCUCGACCAAAUUCUAG